AAGCAUAAACGCUCUGUCUUCUGCCGCCCUCUCUGUCAUCUUUUCCUUUUCUCAUAUCCGACUUUCUCCAUGUUGUCUCCUACUGCGAAAAAGCGUUCUCAUUCAGAAGAUACCGCUGUUGAAGAGGCCUGUCAUCAAAAGAAAACAAAGAUUUUGGAUAGUCCAACUUCGUUACCUUACGAAUCCGAUUCUUCGCUGUCGCCACAGCCGUCUAAUGAUUGCAGCAAUUUCGAAAAGCCGCUUACAACGACAGAAAAGAAACGAAAUAAGCGUCGAACACUUUACGCGUCUACGUUGGAACUAGUCAAGAACGACACCACAGUUAAAACGCUAAAUCGAAUUCCAUACGCAAAACUUAAGGCGAAUGCACAGUGGUCAACCUACUUGAACCUUCCGGAUUUUGCACAACUGCCAAGUUACGAACAACAAGGCUGGCGACUCUGCGCCAUUCUUUUUGAAAAGCAACAGGGAGAAAAAGACAAAGACGACGCACAACGACAAGCCAUCAAAUUCAAGCAGUGGUGGAUACAGACGGUAUCAGCAGGCGCAGAGGCAGCCAUUCAAUCCAUCAAAAGGACCGAGCCCAACGACCCGUACGCUGAAAUCUUUACUGCCAUGACGUUUGGUCGUAUCAGUGAUGCAACCUCGCUGGCCGUGAAAAAGAAUGAUUACACGCUCGCCAUCUUCUUAUCUUCACCAAUGUCGCCCAAAAACGCCGUUAAUCAACGAAAAAAGUUAUCAUCCACCGCUGCCAUCAAGAGCGACUAUCAUGCCAAGAUAUGGCAGGCAUUAUCAGGCGAAGUCGAUUCAAACGUGACGGACGGAUUGGAUUGGAAGCAGACAUUGAUGCUCUACAUUCUGUACGGAAAGACACGGCCAGGCGAAGACCCGUUGAAUACCUUGCUUGGACGCUACUUUGAUAAGAACAAUACCACAACCAUAACACCGGCAAAAUCUUCAUCGCCGCCAUCAUCAUCUAAUAUCACUACCACUGCCACAUCUGCAUCUACGACAGCCGCAUCACUCAAGGCACGCGACUCUUCACCAUGGUACAACGUCGUCAAAUGGUGGUGGCAACGGACAUACAACAGCCAAAAUCCGACCACGGUCAAUGUGAGCGCCUGGCCGGCACGGCUAGCAUGGCGGUUUGCUAUAUCCUUUGCAGAUGACCUAUCACCGACUUUGGUUGCAAGUAUCGUGCGACGUUGGUGCACAGAACUGCAAGUGAUUGGUCUGGCGGAUAUGGCUCUAUUUGCAUCCCUGUUCAUAUCAAGCAAGGAGAACGUGGUAUCGAUUUUAUCGCGAUCGCCAUUUGUCGCCAACGAGUACAACGUUCCCGAAAGCUGGAUCAAAGAAGCGCAGAAUCUAUGGAACGCAUCGCUCACAGUAAAAAAGAAUACCCCACGUUCCGUUGCAGAAUCCCUUUAACGAAAUGUACAUAUAACAUAUCCAUCUCCAUCUCCCCUCUUCUGUCUUUCUCACAAUUCGCUAUACUUCCACAAACAAACCCCUCUCAUAUCUCGUCACUAAAUAGGUUUGCACAUACACAAAACAUAUGCUUUGAAAUAAUAAAUUGCUCAACAUCCCUUGCUUUUUUGGAAAUU